AGGACCCUGUGCCGAGUGGUUGCCCGGUGGCCAUAAUCAGCACUUGGAACCCAGUCGGGCAGUGAGCCUGUACACCAUAGGGAACCAUCACAGCCCAGAGGGUAGCAAGCCUGCUCGCCAGAGGAGGCAUCCAUUUUCCGUGGUGAAUCCAGAAGUAGUCUCUUGCCUUAAAGACCUUGGACCCAGGGAUCACUGGGAAGCCCCUCAACCAGCCAUUCAGCAAGGCCUGUGAGUCCUAUCUCUGUGUCCUGUACCUCGUCCUGACUGUGUUCCCAAGGAAAGUCAUCAUGGAUCCUACUGAGAACAGCCAGAGCUCCAACCUCCCUGACAGCACUCAGUCCCAAAGGGAGGCAAGGGGCCCCGAGGGUGUCCAGGUCCCCUUAGCUGAGGUGGGGGAGGCUGAGGCCACUGCCACCCCCUCAGGGGGUGUGUCUGUUGGGACAAUGCUCAGUUCUCCCCAAAAUGCUGAGAGAGCUUCCUCUCCUCCCACCACCCUGGGCUCCAUUGCAGGGGCGCCAUCUGCUGAGGCCUCUAGAAACCAAGCUUGUGAAGUAGCCCACCCUGAGCAGCCCCUGCAGCCUGAACUCCAUAGUAAGAUAGUUGAUUUGGUUUUCUUCCUGCUCCGCAAGUACAGGAGGAAUCAGCUAACAUCUAGGGCAGAAAUUCUGCAUAUGGUCAUCAGAGAGUAUGAGGCCCAGUACUCUGUGAUCUUUACUAUGGCCACUGACUGCCUGAGACUGAUAUUUGGCCUUGACAUAAUAGAAAGGGAUCCCGGUGCCCACUCCUAUGCUCUUGUCCAUGCACUAGGGAUCACUUAUGAUGGGAUGCAGCAUGGUUUCCCAGGCAUACCAAAGACAGGCCUGGUAAUAGUCAUGCUUUACAUCAUCUUCAAAGAGGACAAUUGUGUCAGAGAGGAGGAGCUGUGGCGUAUAUUAAAUAACAUGGGGCUUUAUGCUGGGAGGAAUCAUUUCAUAUUUGGGGAGCCCAGGAGACUCAUCACUGAGCAUUUUGUGCAGGAAGAGUACCUGGAGUACAGGCAGGUGCCAGACAGCCAUCCUCCUAGCUACGAGUUUCUGUGGGGCCCCAGGGCCCAUGCAGAAACCACCUAGAUGAAAAUGUUGAGAUUUUUUGCCAGCAUGUUUAGACGGGAUCCCAGGUCCUACCCCCACAUGUAUGCGGAGCCUUUGAGAGAUGAGGAACAGAGGAUCCAGGCAUAAAACCCCCAGCAGAUGAUACUACUGCCCUGAGCAGGACACAUGCUAGUGUCCUGGAAGAUUCCAACCAACACCAGAACAGGCAGAGUCAGAGAUCUAAGGACUUGAACCCUCACCAGAGUGGGACAACAGCACGAUCCAUUUCAUUCUUCUUGUUCUCACCGGGUGACUUGGGCAUUCUUGUUGUUUCAAAGUAUUUCUACUUUGUUUACUGAAAGGUCCACUAUUGCCGAUGUCUUAAGUUUGUGAUUAUAAUUUGUAACUGACCUACUUUGUUGACCUAUGUUAGGAGAAUUUUAUCAGUUUGUAAACAGUUGAGAAUAAUGAUGUCUUAUUUGGAUUUACUCUGGCAAUGGGAAAGAACUUGUCAUUUUUAAGG